GUUGGAUAAUGUACGUAAGAGCACGUAACUGGGCGUAGUUCCCCACUGUAUAUCAGACUAUCGGGUCGUCACUGGGAUGCGGCGCAUGCGGCGGCCAUUUGCGUGCUUAUCAGCCCUCACCCUUGCAACCCCAACCAUGUCCAUGUCCACUCCACUCCACGCGAGGCGAGGCGAGGCUACGACCAUCCCUCCGACUGAAACCCGCUGCCGUUAUUAACCCUACGACGAUUCCCGCUGGAGUCGCUGCACACGCCCAUUGGAUUCCAAACUUAUGGAGCAGCCGUCAGCAUCAUCUGGCGCCGCUGACCGCCCGACACGCCGGCGUUUUGCCGUCGAUGGUCGCGUUCGUUCGGGCUGCUUGACAUGCAAGGCCCGUAAGAAGAAGUGCGACGGUCAGGUUUCCAACCUUGACGGCCGUUGCGGCUCCUGCACGCGCCUGGGGCUGGUCUGCGAGAAGGCGCCUCUUCGGACUGUCCAACCUCGACCAGCCAGGAGGAAGGGAAAGGCUCGUGCAGACCAGGAGACUUCCAGCCCGCAAACAUCCUCCAACAAGGGAGAGAAAGGGUCAGAAAGCCUGUCAUCGGGCAGCCCUCCAGACAACAGUCCUGCGGAGAGGUAUCGCGAUGGUGCUGGCCAGGGGUCUGGUCUUCUGGUCAACGCCAGCACCGACUUCCCUCCUAUGACAGCAUCUCUGGAUGAUGGAGAGCGUCGAUUCCUCCUCAAAUACUUCUUGGAUCACGUUGCACCCCUUUGCUCGAUUCUGCAGAAGGAUGGAGCCGUGUUUUCCUCCGUCUUACUGCCCAUGGCCAUUGUCGACCCGCCAUUACUAUACGCACUCUUUGCUUACGCUUCGGUCCAUUCCAACGCUGCCACAGCAAAGGAUCCUGAUACGACUGACGCGCGUCGAGAGUACGAGAACCAGGUCGCUCGAGGUGUAGCUGAGGCAAUCAAGCGGAAUGCCGUCACUGAGACAACAGUAGCAUGUGCGCUGGUGAUCAGUACUACAGAGGUUGUUGCGGGGGACACGUCGCGUUGGCUCCUCCAUCUUCAAGGCGCCGGUCAUCUUGUUAAUCAUCUCGGGCCAUCAAGACUCUUGAAAACCAACGAUGGAAAGUUUCUCCUACGUUAUUUUGCCUACCAUGAUAUCAUGGCAUCGCUGAGCACUGCUCGACGGCCCUUGUUGGAGGGCGUGUAUUGGGUAGAAGAGGUUGAGGCCAUGGUCGAGUCCGCUGAUUCGUUCAUGGGCUUAGGCCACCACAUCUUUCGACAUUUGCCGGAAGUAUGUGCCUUUGUCGAAGACACAGCGGACCUGAAUUCUUCAUCAGACGCUGACCGGCGGGCCAGAGAAGCUUUGCGAGCCGAAGACAUGGCCCAAGCACUUCGCACACAAGACCUGCGCAUUCGAGUUGAUCUGGAAGACGGCAACAAGAACGCACUCCUCAAUCAUGCCGAAGCGUUCCGUUUCGCUUCUCUUUUAUACCUCUACCGCCAUCUUCUGCGUUUCUGCGACGCCGGUGCCGUCUACAAGCUGCGCAUGAACGACUGUCUCCGACAGGUCCUCCGGCACGUCGCCCAAGUGCCAGAAAAUUUAUUUUGCGAGAUGGGCCUUCUAUUUCCCUUGUUCAUGGCUGGUAUUGUAAGUGGGGGUGACAGCGGCUCAAAGGAGUAUGUUCAGCGGCGCCUCCUAGGGAUUGAGAAUUGGACCAAGUUCAAGCAUGUCAAGAGAACCCGCGAGUUAUUACAGCUGCUGUGGGAGAGGAACCGAACAGACUGGGAAAAUGUACUUUUGGAGUUGGACUGGAAGUUGUCCUUGGCGUAAUGGCUCGGAUCAUAUAUGGGAGUUGGAACAAUUACCAGGUUGAGGCUUGGUGAAGCGGUUUGGAGUUCAAUUAGCGGCUUUAUUUGGGAGUAUCUCGCCCCAUCAUUUGUACCGCUUUCUGCUGGUACGCUGGCCUAUAGGAAUCAAGUAGCUUCGAAUGCCGAGCUACCCUCAUUCAGGCAAUACAGGGCUUGAGCUGGAAGAAACAGCAGUAGUGUUGAAAUGUCUACGAAGAC